AACUUUCCCAAACUUUCCCUGAAUUUUUCCCAAACUUUCCCAAACUUUCCCUGAACUGUCCCCAAAUUUUCGCCAAACUUUUCCCAAAUUUUUCCCGAACUUUCCCUGAAUUUCUCUGAAACUUUUCCUGAAUUUUUCCCUGAUUUUUCCCUGAAUUUUCCCCAAAUUUUCCCCAAUUUUUUCCCGAAUUUUCUGGAAUUUUCCCCCAUGGAAUCGCAGUGCGAUUACUCCAUGUACUUCCCGGCCGUUCCUUUCCCUCCCCGCGAGUUCCUGGCCGGGGAAUCCUCGGGGUAUCGAUCCCUGCCCCGCCGCAACCACCUGUACCUGGGCGAGACCGUGCGCUUCCUGCUGGUCCUGCGCAAAAAUCCCGGGAGUUCUGACAGGAAUUCUGGGAAUUCUGAGAGGAAUUCUGGGAGUUCUGACAGGAAUUCUGGGAAUGCAGAGAGGAAUGCUGGGAAUGCAGACAGGAAUGCUGGGAAUGCAGAGAGGAAUGCUGGGAAUGCAGAAAGGAAUGCUGGGAAUGCAGAAAGGAAUGCUGGGAAUGCCGAAAGGAAUGCUGGGAAUGCAGAGAGGAAUGCUGGGAGUUCCAACAGGAAUGCUGGGAAUGCAGAGAGGAAUGCUGGGAAUGCAGAGAGGAAUGCUGGGAUUGCAGAAAGGAAUGCUGGGAUUGCAGACAGGAAUGCUGGGAAUGCAGAGAGGAAUGCUGGGAGUUCCGACAGAAAUGCCGCGAAUUCCGACGGAAAUGCUGAGAAUUUGGACAAAAAUUCCCUGAACUUGGACAAAAAUCUUGGGAAUUUGGAUAAAAAUCCCCUCAGUUUGGACAGAAGUCUUGGGAAUUCCGACAGAAAUGCUGAGAAUUUGGACAAAAAUCUUGGGAAUUCGGACAGAAAUCUUGGGAAUUUGGACAGAAAUGCCGGGAAUUCGGACAGAAAUCUUGGGAAUUCCGACAAAAAUGUUAGGAAUUCUGCCGUGAAAACGCCCUGGAUGCAGCUGGCCUCGUCCCUGUCCGCCCUGGCCACGGUGACGAGCGGGGACAGCGCCGGGAGGGCCCGGGAGGAGCAGGAAAUCCCCGGGAAUUCUUCGGGGAAUUCGGAGGAGCCGCCGCUGUUCCGCGAGUGCCGAGCGCUGCUGACGCAUUCCCGCGGCGCGCCGGGCCCUGCCGGGCUCCCCGUGGAUGACCCCAUCGUGUCCCAGGACGAGGUGAUUUUCCCUCUCACCGUGGCCCUGGAUCGGCUCCCGCCCGGCACCGCCAAGGCCAAGAUCGUGGUGACCGUGUGGCAGCGCGACACCGAGCCACCAGAGGCCAGGACAGGGGGGUACCUGAGGCUGCUCCAGGGCCGCGCCCCCGGCCAGGUGUUCCGGCAGCAGCACGGCGCCUUCAAGGCUCAAGUGUCCACGCUGCUGACGGUGCUGCCACCCCCCCGUGUCCGGUGCCGCCAGGUGACCGUGUCCGGCAAAUACCUGACCGUGCUCAAAGUGCUCAAUGGCAGCUCUCAGGAGGAGCUCUCUCUCUGGGACGUUCAGAUCCUGCCCAAUUUCAACGCCAGUUACCUGCCCGUGAUGCCCGACGGCUCCGUGCUGCUGGUGGAUGAUGUGUGCCACCACUCCGGGGAGGUCCCCGUGGGCGCCUUCUGCCGUGUCCCCGGGUGCCACUCGCGGUGGCCCUGUCCCCUGAGCGCCCUGGAGGAGCAGAACUUCCUGUUCCAGCUGCAGGCGCCAGAGCGGCCACCCCGCGACGCCAAGGAGGGCCUGGAGGUGCCGCUGGUGGCCGUGGUGCGAUGGUCGACGCCCAAGCUGCCCUUCACCGACAGCAUCGUCACCCACUACCGGUUGCCCAGCAUCCGGCUGGAGCGGCCGCGCUUUGUCAUGACGGCCACCUGCGAGUCGCCGGUGGUGGCCCUGCAGCGCUUCACUGUCACCUACACCCUGCUCAACGACCUGCAGGACUUCCUGGCCGUCAGGCUCGUCUGGACACCCGAGGCCACCGCUGGGAAGGCGCGGGGAGCUCUGGAUUCCGUCGUUUGCCACACGCCCCUGACCAACCUGGGCUACUCCCGCAAGGGCAGCGCCAGAACCUUCAGGGUGGCCUUCCAGGCCCUCAGGGCCGGGCUCUUCGAGCUGUCCCAGCACAUGAAGCUGAAGCUCCAGUUCACGGCCAGUGUGACCAGUGCCCCCCCCGAGGCCCGCCCAGUUUCCCGCAAGAGCAGUCCCAGUUCCCCGGCCGUGCGGGAACUGGUGGCCGGGCUGGGCCGCUCCCAGUCCUUCUCCCACCAGCAGCCGGCCAGGAGCCACCUCAUGAGGUCUGGCAGUGUCAUGGAGCGCCGUGCCAUCACCCCCCCCGUGGGGUCCCCCGUGGGACGUCCCCUGUACCUCCCCGCGGGUGACAAAGCCGUGCUGGCCCUGGACAAGAUCGCCAAGAGGGAGUGCAAGGUGCUGGUGGUGCCACCUGUCAAGUGACACUGGGGACACUGGGACAGCAAGGGGACACUGGGGACACCAUGGGGACAUCAUGGGGACAGCACCAAGAUGGCGCUGGGGUGACACAGACUGUGCUGGGACAGUGGGGACAACUUGGGGACAGCUUG